CAGCCACUGUGGGCGUGUUCACACUGUGUGUGAAAGCUCCUCAUCGCUGACUAUUAGGUGAAGCCCACAGACACCAACUUUAACUACAGCUUCCAACAACAACAGCAACAUAUCUGCUGGUGCUGAGAAGAUUCUCUUUUGAGCAUGGCUGUGGCACCCUGGGCCCUGGCACUUCCUCUGCCCCUGGUGCUCACCCUGCUCAGCCUGGCACCGGCGCUCACCUUGGGAGGCUGCCCAGCGGCUUGCCGGUGCUCCUUCGCCAUGCUGCAGUGCCUGGAGCCCAAUGGUAUCAUCAGCAUCCCGGCACUGGCGCCGCAAGAGAGCGAGAAUGUGACGGAGAUUUACAUCGAAAACCAGGCAACCCUGGAGAAUAUAACAGAAAUUGAUCUUGUUAACUACAGAGAGCUGAAGAACCUCACGGUCACAUCAUGUAAACUGAGGCUCAUCUCUGCCAAUGCCUUCCAACACAACCUCAAGCUCCAGUAUGUGAACCUGGCAUCAAACUAUCUGGAACACAUCUCCUGGAGGGUGUUUCAUUUUCUCCCACUGCUCAACCUAGUUUUGAGGGACAACCCUCUUGUUUGCUCCUGUGACCUCCACUGGCUCCAGCAGUGGCAGCGGAAUGAACGCGGUGACCUGGAAAACCAAAUGUUGUCUUGUUUCUCCCAUGAUCGAGAAGAACCCCUCAACUCUUUGGUGAUACAUAACUGCAGUCUGCCUGAUGUGACGAUCGUCCCUUUCAAAGAUUCAAAGAUUCAAGAAGGGGGAAACCUGACAUUUGCGUGUCAAGUGACAGGAAGUCCUACUCCCAAUGUGAGAUGGCGAACUGAUGAGCUCCACUCUCGCUUCUUUACCCAGGAGAGAAUCUGGGGCUCCACAUUAGAGCUGGUCCUUUUCCUCACCAACGUUUCUUCCAGUGACAACCUGCACAACCUAACUUGUGAGGCCGAGAACCAAGCUGGGCUGGGAGAGGAGAUGGUGCAAUUGGACAUAGAGUUUCCAGUCAAAAUCCUCUUCCUAAGGGAUGCUGUGCCGCAGCACCACUGGUGUUUCCCCUUUGCUGUGGAUGGAAAUCCUGAACCAUCCAUCACCUGGCAGUUCAACGGCAACAAUCUCAAAGAGAGCAUGUACACAUACACCCAGCUCAUCCCUGACUCGGGUGACGGGUCAGUGAAACACGGAUGUCUCUUCCUCAACAAGCCCACACACCUCAACAACGGCUUCUACACUCUGAUCGUGCAGAACAAACUGGGAAGGGAUGAGGCCACAGCCACUGGGAUUUUUAUGGCCAACCCCUUCGAACCGUUCGAUCCUGAGGGGAUAAUUCCAGUUCCUACAGACAAAUCAGACAUGGACGUCACAGAGAACCCUGAGAGUCGAGUGUUUGUGGUGUCUGUGGCUGUGGGUCUUGCGGUGUUUGCCUGCACUUUCCUUCUCAUCAUGAUUUUGGUUAUUAACAAGUGUGGCCAGCAUUCCAAGUUUGGUAUUCACCGUUCAUCAGUUUUGGGCACUGAGGAUGACCUGGCUGUGUCACUUCGUUUCAUGAACUUUGGAACGAGCCCACCUUCCUCAGAUGAAGACUCUGGUUUAUCCAGUUUUGUAGAGAAUCCACAAUACUUCUGCGGCAUCAUCAAAGAGAAAGACAUGUGUGUCCAGCAUAUUAAACGGCAGGACAUUGUGUUGAAGUGGGAGCUGGGUGAAGGAGCGUUUGGCAAAGUCUACCUGGCAGAGUGCGCCAACCUCAGCCCCGACAGCAACAAGAUGCUGGUCGCCAUCAAGACUCUAAAGGACGCCAACGAGUCGACCCGGCAGGACUUCCAGAGGGAGGCCGAGCUGCUGACGGUGCUCCAGCACCAGCACAUUGUGCGAUUCUACGGCGUCUGUACAGACGGAGAGCCGCUGGCCAUGGUGUUCGAAUACAUGAGGCACGGAGACCUCAACCGAUUUCUUAGAGCUCACGGCCCUGAUGCUCGUAUCCUGGAGGAGUCAAAGAUGCCCCCGCUGGGUCAGCUCACUCUGCCUCAGAUGCUCCACAUCGCCGCCCAGAUUGCCUCAGGUAUGGUCUACCUGGCGUCGCUGCACUUCGUCCACCGUGACCUGGCAACCCGCAACUGUCUGGUGGGGGAGGGCCUGGUGGUCAAAAUCGGAGACUUUGGCAUGUCCCGAGACAUCUACAGCACAGAUUAUUAUCGGGUGGGCGGACGUACGAUGCUGCCGAUCCGCUGGAUGCCCCCGGAGAGCAUCAUGUACAGGAAGUUCACAACGGAGAGCGACAUCUGGAGCUUCGGUGUUGUCCUCUGGGAGAUCUUCACCUACGGCAAACAGCCCUGGUACCAGCUGUCCAACAGUGAGGCCAUCGAAUGCAUCACGCAGGGACGGGAGCUGGAAAGGCCACGCACCUGCCCCAAGGAGGUGUACCUGCUGAUGCAGGGCUGCUGGCAGAGAGAGCCCCAGCAGAGGAUGGUCAUCAAGGACAUCCAUAGCCGUCUGCUGGCCCUGGUCAAGAACCCACCGGUUUACCUGGAUAUCCUGGGCUAAAAGGGG